GUUCUUUUUUCAACCACCAAAACAGUCAUAACCAUUAUGCUACUUCUGAGCGAGGCCACAGAUAAGGUUGAAAUGCUGGUGUGAUUAGACCACUCAAACAUGUAUAAGGCCCAUCUAACUUCUAACUUGUCACAAUUCCUUGAAUUGCAGCCUAUAGAAUGCUAUUUGCAUGGAGCCACUUGUAGUCAGUUGAAUCCUUUCCCUCGUUUGUACUACAAUCUUUAUUUUGGCUUUCUGUCAUCGAAGCGAGUUUUACCGCAGUGGUCUGGUCCAAAUUUCUCAUAUUGUUCGCUCUAGGCCAAUUUGGUAUUUGGAUUUGGGCAUUUGGCUUCCGAAGACAAAAGUCAGCUCUAUCUAUCCAUCUUAAAUCUUGCUUGAGUGAUUUAUGAUGUUCUGUUUCGUGAGAGCUGCAGCUGGUGCGGAACUCGAGAUGAUUUCAGUAGUGACUGGUAACUGUUUCCAAGCAACAAUUUGCUAUAUGUAUGUUUUAUUUUAGAAGUUUUCCCUUUCCAUCUUUCAUAUCACCCACCGUACAGCAGGCAGAAGAUAGUGACCCUGGAGCUGCUUCUUCUGGUGCUGGACUAACUGUGAUGUAUAAGUAAGGGAUUUUGACAUGCAACACUAGUGACGGUUACCUGUAAUUCAUCGUAUCAUUUAUAGUUCCAACUGCCUCUAAUCUGUUUUAAGGGUAGCAUUUGUAUUUAAUUCGUAAUUGUAGAAUGUUUGAUCUUGCAUCAAGUUGUUAACUGUUCUAUGAGGUAAGAGAUAUCAAAACGCUUAUCAGCUCAGUGAAAUAUGUUUAGUGCUUACUGAAUCGGUAUUGUUGAAGUAAGAAUUUCAUAAUCAUGUACAAUAAUGGAUGGCGCUUGGUCUUUAGCUUCUUGUUUUUUCUUUUUUGUGCAAGCAGUUUAAGGACUAGCUUACUGUCUUUAAUAUCUUUUGAGGAUAGAAAUGUUAUGUGGAUGGUCUUACCUUUUGCAGUAGCUUCUGGCUUUACUGAUAGAAGUAUUAUGUAGAUGGGAAAGGGCAAGGGCCAAAAUAGCGUUAACUGUCCUAUUUCAAGGACGGUGGGACAGGAAGGGACGAACUGUUCCAUUCUUGUUAGUUUUCAGAGCAUUAGUUUUUCGGGAGAUCAUUUAAGUCGAGGAAAUUUUUGGUCAGAGCAUUAGUUUGUCGUCAAGUGCUGGGUUUCAUUGGCUCCGGCUUCAAACGGAGUGGUGAAGACCCCGUAGGACAAAGUGUAGUUGGGUCCGGGAUUUUGAUUAAACUCCCUUGAUAGUUUUUAUAACCCCUUUUCAUGAUAGAGAAUUGCGCUAGCAUGUUUGGUGCUUGUUGAUGUCAUUGAUUGAAUAUUACACGAUACGGCGAUCCAACAAUGUGAUUAUGUGCUGGUUGGUUGUUUGCAUCAGCCGAAUUGCAUGUUUCAGCACUUGACAUUUUAAUUAAAAAAAAUGAAAGAUGCCCUUGUGAUUGUCAAAUAGGAUGUGUAUGGUGCCAUCUUUUUGUUAAGGCUGCAUAAACAGACGAUUUCCGUCCUCCAAUUCCCAAGCGGGGAAAGCCGCAAGUCUGUACAGAUGCCUUUUCUCAGACAGAUGGGAGAAGGCGGUUGCGAUCUUUCUAUCAAAGGCAAAAGGGAAAUGUUGGUGGCAAUGCCUGCAGAGUGCAGACUAGGUGAAUGGUUUAUUCUUUUCGUCAAAGGUCCAAUUCUGUAUGCAUAAAAAUAACAGACAUGCUGGCUUGUAUUAUAUUGCUUGAGCAAAGAAUUCUGUCUGCUUUCUUAUUAGAUUUUUAACUUUUACUCAUGUUGAGCAGCUCAUAACUUCUGGCAUUCCCCGCCUGAUACUGCAACGUGAUGUGGGGAAAGCGAGGUAGGAUCUUCAGGUAAAGCCGUAAAGAUGAAGAGAAAGAGCAUGAAGGUUCCUUUUUUUUUUUUUUGCACUUGCCAAGCUUAUGCUGGUUCAUUAUUAGCUUUACUCGUAUUGAACACUAAUUCCUAGGAGAAUCUGUCACCUCCUCUUAUUUAUGACCCUAGUAUCCCCCUGCAUACACCAUAAUUUGCUUUUAUCUCUCAUCCAUAAUAAUUUCUUCUCUCUUCCUUGUUUCCUGCUAUGGAAACUCAUCCCAAAUUUGCAUCAGUGGCAGGAUGUAGCAGUGAGGAACGUUCCAGUCAGACAGUUGCAGCAGAUCUAGAAGGCACUCUCCUACUGUCAUCAAGCUCUUUCCCUUACUAUCUCCUCAUCGCUCUCGAAGCUGGAAGCCUGCUAAGAGCAAUUAUACUUCUCUCAUCACUACCUGUCGUCUACUUGGUGUCCAUUUUUGUUUCGGAGGCUGCGGCAAGUAAGCUGAUUAUUUUCAUAGCCUUUGCUGGACUCAGGUUGAGAGAUAUUGAACUUGUCUCCAGAUCCGUCUUGCCUAGGUUCUAUGCAGAUGAUGUCCACCCAGACACUUGGCCAGUGUUUGAUUCGUUUGGGAAAAGAUACAUAAUUAGUACCAGUCCUAGAGUUAUGGUCGAACCGUUUGCCAAGAUGUUUCUGGGGGCUGACAAAGUUCUGGGCACAGAGUUACAGAUCACAGGGACAGGGAGGGCUACUGGUUUCGUUGCAAAACCUGGACUUAUGGUGGGACGGCAGAAAAGCGAUGCCGUGAUAAAGGAAUUCGGCUCAAAUUUACCCGACGUUAGUCUUGGAGAUGAACCCUCUGAUCACCCUUUCAUGGCCUUGUGCAAGGAGGGUUACAUGGUGCCAAAAACUGAGUGCCAGCCACUACCAAGAAAGAAGCUCCGAAGGCCAGUCAUAGUCCAUGAUGGCCGGUUGGUUCAAAGACCGACUCCAUUAGUUGCCCUCUUAACCUUCUUAUGGAUCCCAAUCGGGGUCCUUCUCUCCUUUGUACGCCUCUUUCACAGCGUACCUCUGCCAAUGAGCAUCGUCCACUACACGUCCCGCCUAGUUGGGGUAAAGCUCAUAAUCAACGGUACUCCUCCACCCCCACCGGCAAAGGGCAGAAGCGGAGUCCUCUUCGUCUGCAAUCACCGCACGGUUGCUGACCCUCCUAUGAUAGCGGCCGCACUGGGAAGAAACCUUAGUUGUGUUACGUACAGCAUAAGCAAAGCCACAGAGUUGAUUGCCCCUAUUAAAGCUGUUGCCUUGACGAGAGACCGGUGUGAAGAUGCUGCUCAAAUCAGGAAGCUUCUCGAAGAAGGCGACAUCGUGGUUUGUCCCGAAGGCACUACUUGUAGGGAACCGUUUCUGCUGAGGUUCAGCCCUCUAUUCGCUGAAUUGUCCGACAGGAUUGUGCCGGUGGCGGUCAAGGUGAGGCAGAGCAUCUUCUACGGGACGAGUGCUCGUGGGUACAAGUUGCUGGACCCUUACUUUCUGUUCAUGAACCCAGUGCCGGCUUUCGAGAUCACGAUUUUGGAUCAGCUGCCAAAGGAGAUGACCUGUGGAGGUGGCAAGUCCGCAAUUGAGGUUGCCAACUAUGUGCAGAGGGUGCUUGGGGAUGCUUUGAGGUUUGAUUGUACGAGGUUAACUCGCAAGGAUAAGUAUGCGCUGCUUGCCGGAACGGAUGGGAGCGUCGAGCAGUCGCCGAAGAAGGAAUGAGACGUGUGAGGAGUUUUUACAGCGUGUGGGGUGUAAUUUUCAGUAAUUUAACUUCGGGGGAAUACUUGUAGAUCAAGAAUAAAGAUGUGGAAUUUAC